CUUAUUUAUUUAGGAUUGGCACAAACACCUGAUUCUUCGGCCAAAGUGUUGCUAAAAAUAUCAGCCAAGGCACCUAUUUCAAAAGAUUAUACAUUUCAGUUUACGUCUAUGAAAGCACUUCAAGAACGUGAAUCGAUUAAAGCACAAAUUGGUGAAUUAUUAGCACGGGCAAGAGGAACUCCUACUGUAAGCACACCGUCGGCCAUGACGACACCGACAUCGACCUCACCGUCUACACCACAAGCUAUUGCUAGUGUAUCAUCACCUGCACCGUCACUACAACAACAAGCCAUUACAAAUAACUUGAUUGCAUCAGCACCUACAACACCUAUCAAUCCACCUGGAACUCCCUUAACACCCUCUAGUCCUUCUCGACGACAAGAAGAGUUUGCAGAACGUCGACACCUCUUGACAUCCAGUCGAGAACUACAGUCACUACAUAAAGAACUAGUUAUGAUUGGGAAAAAUUUAGACGAAGAAGAGUUUUGGUCAAGUCCAUAUAUUAAGCGUAUUCGACAGAAAUUAAAAAAAGAUGUUACAUCAAGAGAAGGGAAACAAAAAGGAAAAUCAUCUAGAAUGGUUGAAUUGAAACCAGGACAACAAGAAGGUUCAGACGUGAAAUACACAUUGACAAGUCAAAUUAUUCAUAAUAUUUUUACCGAAUUUCCUUCAGCAUCUGAGUUCUUUCAUAGAUCACGUACAGGUGGUGGUAAAUCACAAUUAGCACCUUAUGAUGAUAUUUUUGACCGAUGUUUACAAGAAGAGGAUGAAGAGAAUUCAAAACCACCUGCAAUUACACGUAUGGAUAAAAUUCGAUUUGAUAUUGAUCUAUCAUCCACAACGGAGGAUCAUAUUGAUAGUGGUAAUGCACCUGAUUUUACAAUGAAGCCAGGAAGAGCAUCUUUACCCUUUGAAGAAGAAAUAGAAAAAGAUAUUAUUAUUAAAGAUUUAUUAGAUAAACCACCAUCAGAUAAAAUAAUUCUCGAUAUUCAAGAUACCAGACGAUACUUUGAAAGUCAAACAGGUGGUCUAGAUAACCAAAAUUUAAGCGAACAAGAUACAAAAACAUUAUUGUCAGGCUAUAAACGAAAAUUUGAAGGCUGGCAGCCUGAGAUGGCUAAAGAACAAGAAACUAUAAUGCAAUCCAGAUUAGCAGAUCAUGUUUGUAUAGAGUUAACAAAUACAAUUAAAAAGAAAGUGAGACAUUAUGAAAAAUCUGCAUCAGGUUAG